ACCCCCACCCCCCCACACGUACGCCAAACCUGAGAGGGCUCAAAGCCUGGCUGUAAUCGGGACUGGAGGUGGGGGUCGAGUGGGAGGUGGAAGGACGCGGUAUUAGUCGCAUCCUCCCUGGGGCAAGGCUCACCGUCUCGGAGGAUGCUGCGGGGAUAGGGCGCAGAUCACUCUGCGCAAGAUGGGGAAGGACCACGAGCUCCUGCAGGCGGUGAAGACGGAGGACCUGCUCACGGUGCAGAAGCUGCUGCAGAGGCCUCGGCCCGGGAAAGCAAAGCUCCUUGGUUCUGCGAAGAAAGUAAACAUUAACUUCCAAGAUACUGAUGGGUUCUCUGCUCUUCACCAUGCUGCUCUCAAUGGGAACCUGGAGCUCAUCUCUCUGCUGCUGGAGUCCCAGGCCGCCGUGGACAUCAGAGACCAGAAAGGCAUGCGGCCACUCCAUUACGCCGCCUGGCAGGGCAAGGCGGAGCCAAUGAAGAUGCUUCUGAAGUCUGGUUCCUCGGUCAAUGGCCAAUCAGAUGAAGGACAGAUCCCGCUCCACCUUGCAGCACAGCACGGACACUACGACGUGUCUGAGAUGCUGCUUCAGCACCAGUCCAACCCCUGCAUCAUGGACAAUGCGGGGAAGACUCCUUUGGACCUGGCCUGCGAGUUUGGCCGCGUUGGGGUGGUCCAGCUACUGCUAAGCAGUAAUAUGUGCGCCGCGCUGCUGGAGCCAAAACCCGGAGAUUCCACCGACCCCAACGGAACGUCCCCACUACACCUGGCUGCCAAGAACGGACACAUAGACAUCAUAAGGCUGCUGAUCCAGGCCGGGAUUGACAUCAACAGACAAACCAAGGCGGGCACUGCGCUGCAUGAAGCAGCACUCUGUGGAAAGACGGAGGCAGUGAGACUCCUGCUGGACAGCGGCAUCAACGCAGCAGUGAGGAACACAUACAGCCAGACUGCCUUGGACAUUGUCUACCAGUUCACUGCUACACAGGCCAGCAGAGAGAUCAAACAGCUGCUCAGAGAUGCGUCAGCAUCUCUUCAGGUUCGGGCGGUGAAGGACUACUGCAACAACUACGACCUGACCAGCCUCAACAUCAAGGCCGGCGACGUCAUCACGGUUCUAGAGCAACAUGCGGACGGCCGCUGGAAGGGCUGUAUCCAUGACAACCGAACAGGAAACGACCGCGUGGGCUACUUCCCGUCCACCAUGGUGGAGGUCAUCAGCAAGAGGACAGGUCUGGCCAGCACAGUCAUUUGCACUCAACAGUUUCAAAAGAUACCACUGGUUCCCCCGGCGACGGUUGCCCCUGCCAACCCGGUAGUCAACGGCAACGAUGCCACGUUCCAUCAGAUCCAUAUCCUGCCUCCGCCACCUCCUCCUCCACCACCACAUUCCCAUCAGCCACUGCUACCACUUUUCACAUCCUUUGGCUAUCACAGGUCGCCCGCGACAACCCCACUGGGAGACACACCCACCACCCCAGGUUGCCGCGGCUCAGAGGCUAGCCCUCAUGGCUCCCCCACCCAGUCCGGGGGGCCCCAUGGCAGCUCCAGCGAGGAGAUCUGGGUACUGCGCAAGUCUGUGGCAGGGGGGGACCGCAGCAGUCUGGGCAGCUCUGGUAGUGUGACCAGUGUGAGGUCAUCGGGGAGCGGCCAGAGUGCUGGCAGCGGGACACACAUACUGCACGCACAGGCUGAGGGAGUCAAGCUCCUUGCCACAGUUCUAUCCCAGUCAGCCAAAGCCAAGGAACACCUGCUGGAGCAGUCUAAGUCAGUGGAGCAGACUUCAGGCUCGGCUGCCUCAUCCCGUACAUCCAGCCAAUCGGGUUGUCCACUCCAUGAAGCCCCACCCUACGAUGCCACAGCAACGAGGAAAGGGGAGGGGCAAGUUGAGGGGAAGAGCUCAGAGGCUGUUGUCCAAUGGCUGAGCGACUUUCAGCUGCAGGUCUACGUUCCAAACUUCCUGGGCGCUGGGUAUGACUUGCCCACCAUUAGCAGAAUGACUCCGGAGGAUUUGACGGCCAUUGGCGUGACCAAGCCGGGACACAGGAAGAAGGUGACCUCAGAGAUAAACAAGCUGAGUGUCACUGAAUGGCUACCAGACCAGAAACCAGCCAGCCUAGGGGAGUGGCUGUCCGCUGUCGGUCUGAGCCAAUACCACCAGGUGCUGGUGCAGAAUGGCUAUGAGAACAUCGACUUCAUAACGGACAUCACCUGGGAGGACCUACAGGAGAUCGGCAUCACCAAGCUGGGUCACCAGAAGAAGCUGAUGCUGGCUGUGAAGAGGCUGGCUGAGUUGCAGCAUGGCUCAGAGGGCCGCGGCUCCUUCAAGAAGAAGCCUCCACCAAUCACACAGCAGCAGGAAGUCAUGUCCAUUGAGAGCCCGCCCCCAGAUGAGGUCAUGUCUCCCAGGAUGACCACCUUCCAGGACAGCGAGCUGAGCACCGAGCUGCAGAGCGCCCUUAUCCAGCCAGGGACCGAGGUCAAGACCCAGCGCAGUCGCACCCUCAGCAAGGAGCACGACGAGGUGCUUGCUGGAGGACCUCCAAAGAAGGAGGCACGGACCAUGAGGCAGCAGAGCAGCACCACCUCCACCAGCUCCUCGUCCUCCUCGGCCGCCCCGCGUGGCAGCGUGUCGUCGCAGGGGAAGCCCCGCCACUCGCACGGCCACUCCCACGCCCACUCCCAGCCCGCGCCCCCCUACACCCCCCCGCACACCCCCACCAAGACCCGCACCUCCUCCUCCUCCUCCACCUCCACCUCCUCCUCCGUCCAGAGCAGCUCCGCCUCCCCGCAGGGCCCCAAGCCCAAGCCGGGGCCCCAGCUCAUCCAGGGGCCCCUGUCGCCGCGGGCCCACCGGCCGCAGUCUCCCACGCACCGCGGCGUGCCCAACGCCCAGCCCCAGGCCAACGCCCACCACCCCCAGCCGCCGGAGGCCCGGUCGGAGCUCCCCCAGAGCCAGGUGCCCGUCCCGCUCCUCUGCCUCCCCCCGGAGGCGGAGCAGGGCGACGCGGGGGGGGCCGGAGAGCCCAGCGCCCUGCAGAAGAAACGCGCCCACAGCCUCAACCGCUACGCCGCCUCGGACGGAGAGUGUGACGAGAGGGCUGGGGGAGGAGGAGGAGGAGGAGGAGGAGGAGGAGGAGGAGGAGGAGGAGGAUUGGAAACGCCCGGGGGUCAGGGCGCAGGGGGAACUAGCGGUGGUGGCGGUGGGGGUGGAGGCGGCGGCGUCGGUGGGGGGAAAUACGCCACGGUGACCCACCGGGUGAGCCGCAGCCACUCGGUGCGCAACCAGGAGAAGAACGUCAACCGCAGCCAAUCGCAGUCCUUCGCCCUGCGGCAGAAGAAGAAGGGGCCGCCCCCUCCGCCGCCCAAGCGCUCCAGCUCGGCCAUCUCCACCUCCAACUCCAACCUGACGGAGGCCCCGCCCACCCACAGCACGGCAGGCGGCCUGCUGGACGUGCCUUACCUUCAGCAGCGCCGCGCCAGCGACCUGGGCGUCUCCGUGGAAACCAACAGCAUGGGAAGCGUGCGGAGCAUCGCCGCCAUGCUGGAGAUGUCCUCCAUAGGGGGCGGGGCCAAGGGCAUGGCGCUGCAGAGGAACUUCCUCCAGGUGGCGCCGGGCGGCAAGAUGCGGGACGCCAUCGGGCUGGACGGCGAGGUGGUGAACCGCCGGCGGACCAUCAGCGGGCCGGUCAGCGAGCUGGUGGCGGCCGCCCGGCGGGACCAGCCCAUGGUCCUCUCCCUCGCCCCCGCCCCCAGCCGCAAGCCCGCUCACACCGCCGCCCCGGAGCAUCACAACGACUGCCCCCGUGUCACGCAGCCCGUCGCUCAGCCCUCGCCCUCUGCCGCCGUCGCCACCGCCGCUUCCCCCUCCUCCUCUUCCACCACCUCCUCGCCGCCCCCGCCCUCGUCCCCCCGGCCCGGCUCGAUCGUGGGCAGCGCCUCCCCCCAGCCAGGCUCCGGCGGGGGCAGCUCGGCGGAGAACAUCCACUUCGCGGAAGAGACGGACAUCACCGUCCGCCGUCCGGGACGAGGAGAGGGAGAGGGACAGUGUUUAUUUUGUGUUUGUCUGCAGGGGGACGACGGCGGCGUCCGCUCCGACGGCGAGGGCGGUCUCCACGGCGACAGCGUCUACACCCAGGAGGACCUGUCCCGGGUGGACGCCACGGCCACCAUGAAGCGCCGGCCGCGCGGCUCCAGGCCCGCCGGCGACCCCAACGGCUCCCGCUUCACCCUGCAGGAGUCGUCCACCGUGAAGCGCCGGCCCAAGAGCCGCGACAAGGAGCCCGAGGGCUUCACCGCCGACCUGGCCCGGUCCAACGGAGGGCCCGCCACCGCGCCGGCUCACGUCCCCCAGGCUAACAACCCCCAGGCUAACGACGCUCACGCCAACGACGCUCGAGCCAACGACGCUCGAGCUAACGACGCUCUGCCGUACCAGAACGGGACGGGCACCAUCCGGCGGCGCCCGGCCUCGUCGGAGGCCGCGGCCGUCACGGAGCAGCCGACGGCGGCGGCGGCGCCGCCCCAGAACCAGCUGCUGGCCCAGGCCUCCGCCGUGCCCCGCCGAGAGAGCCUGGACAAGGGCGCCGCCGACGGGGCGCUGGCGAGGAAGCCCAAGCCCCCGGUGUCUCCCAAGCCGGCGAUGGCCCAGAUCAAGAGGCAGGCGACGGCUCCCACGCAGAGGAUCCCCCUGCCGGGUCCCGGGACGCCUGGAAGCCCAGGAGAAGGGAGGAAGAUCCCGCCCCCGGUGUCCCCCAAGCCGGCGCCUCCGCCGACCGCCCCCAAACCCUCCAAACUGGUCCACUCCAUGACCACCCCGGGACCCCCCGCCGCCGCCGCCAUCACCUCCGCCCCCGUCCGGCAGCACUCGGCUCCGGGACGCCACGCGCCGGGCUCCUCCCCGCCGUCCCUCAUCUCCUCCCCCUCCCCCCCCGGCGGGCCCCCCGGCUCCUCCAGCCCCACGGCCCAGAGCCCCCACACCCCCCUCACCCCCCUCACCCCGGGGACCCCCACCACCCCGGUCACGCCCGCCACGCCCAGCCCCACCCCGGCCCCCGUCAAACCCCCCCGCUCCUCCAUCGGGGGCGUGUCCGUGGACAGCGGGAUGGGGGGAGGGGGAGCGGUGCAGAACGCGGUGGGCCACGGGGCGUGCCCCCCAGACUUCGGCGUGGACUCCCUGGUGCACCAGAAGCUGGAGGAGACGAGCGCCUCGCUGGCAGCCGCGCUGCAGGCGGUGGAGGAGAAGAUCCUGAGGCAGGAGAACGACUCUGUGGUGGAGCAGAAGAAGACAGUCAGCAUCCUGGAUGACAUCGGCAGCAUGUUCGAUGACUUGGCCGACCAGCUGGACGCCAUGCUGGAGUAACAGCCGCAACACCACGGCAACUGCCGCCGCAUUCGCCGCAUAUCUAUGGCAACCACCGCAUCUCAAUGGCAACCAACGUAACUCCUUGGCAACCAUCGUAUCUCCAUGGCAACGGCGCAUCAGGAGCUUAUAAAAGGGAGACACAAUAAAGCUCUCUCUCUCUUCCGCUAUGUCACUUGCUCUUUCUCUUAUGCUCCUAAUCUCUCUCUCUCUCUCUCUCUCUCUCUCUCUCUCUCUCUCUCUCUCUCUCUCUCUCUCUCUCUCUCUCUCUUUCUCUCUCUCUCUCUCUCUCUCUCUCUCUCUCUCUCUCUCUCUCCCUCUCUCUCUCUCUCUCUCUCUCUCUCUCUCUCUCUCUCUGUCUCUCUGUCUCUCUCUCUCUCUCUCUCUCUCUCUCUCUCUCUCUCUCUCUCUCUCUCUCUCUCUCUCUCUCUCUCUCUCUCUUUGUUGUAAUCCAAGUCAUUCCUGCUCCUGCCCUUCUCUGGAUGGCCAGACUUUUGGCAUCUCUCCUAUUGGAAUGUGGGAAAGCUCUUCUCCCUUCUCCCUUCACACUCCUCUGCACAGCUCCGGCCUUUUUCUACUGCGGCUUUCCAUACGGACGAUGAUGAUGAUGAUUAUGACGUCGAUAGAGAUGAUGCACUGUCGGGGAUGAUGUGAUCCAGAACUUGACGGACUGCCCUGUCCACCUUUGGCGUCAGAGAGAGAGAGCUCUGGUCGAGGAGAGACGGACACACUGACAAAGAGAUGCAUAUGGAUUUAAUGGAAAGGGCGAGAGAGAGUGAGAGAGAGAGAGAGAGAGAGAGAGAGAACAAGAGAGAGAGAGAGAGAGAACACAUGUGAAAGCGAAUGUGUCUCAGCAAAGAGGACCAGGAGACUGCGAAACAGCAAAAAAGUGGUAUGAAAUUCAUGAGUUCGCUGAUAAAAAUCAGAGAUUGUUCUGAAACCCCUCGUCCACCCGUAAUACUGCUAGUACUACUGCAACGACGGAGACGAAAACAAGAGACAACUAAAGACUGAAAAAGAUAUUAAAAAUUAAAAAACAAUGGUGUAUUAAAUCAUAGUAUGGUAUGUGUAAAUUGUAAGCAUGGAGAGUUUAUAUCUACUGAAAAAGUCCUGCAUUAGCACAGUAAUAUAUAAAUAUAUAUAAUAUACAGAACAAUAAUGGGAACCUCUAGCUCUUUGGUUUGAUGUGUUGAUUCUGUGUGGAAUGGUGCCCUCUGGUGUUGUGAUGAUGUAAUGACUUGGUGGAAACUUUUUUUUAACCGUGACCAAAAUAAGACCAUUUCGCUCCUAAAGGCUUAUAAUGUAUGUGUGCGUGUGAAUAUAUGAGUCAAUACGCAUGUGUGAUAUAAGGUUUGCCUGUUUCUUUGUGUAUGUGUUUGUUUGUAUGUGAUUAGUCUGGAUGUGUGUGUGUGUGUGUGUGUGUGUGUGUGUGUGUGUGUGUGUGUGUGUGUGUGUGUGUGUGUGUGUGUGUGUGUGUGUGUGUGUGUGUGUGUGUGUGUGUGUGUGUGUGUGUUCGUGUGUGUGUUCGUGUGUGUGUGUGUGUGUGUGUGUAUGUGUGUGUGUAUGUGUGUGUGUGUGUGAGCGUGCACGACUCAUGCUAAUCCAUUCUCUAGAAAACACCGGCAGCAACAUUCAAAGCAUUGUCAUCGUUCAGCGAAUCAAUCUUUACAUUUGCACACACAUACACACCCACUGACAAAGGCACACACAUGCACACACCUAGAAGAAGCACAAAGACCUUGGUUGUUAGUGACCUGGCACUACACACACGCGCACACCCACACACAGAGGAGCCUGCACAAUGUGGUUGAGUGGCAAAGCUACCAGGAGGGGAGAAUUUCAACAAGGUGACAAGUACAAAGCCGGGGGAAACAUCGAGCAUUCUAUUUCAAACACAACCCUUAGGGAAUCAAGGAUCGAAGGUCGUAGUCUCGUGUUGAGGGAUGAUGACUGCGAGACCAUCGAUUCUAGGUUCGAAAUCCCAUAUACCCAGCCAUGUAGGCAUCCUUGACCAAGAAACCCUAACCCAUAGUUGCUCCUUCAUAUGUGUAAAAACCUCCCCGUAAGUCGCGUUUGAUAAAGUGUCAGCAAAUCGAAUAGAUGGUAAAUAUUUAGAUGUUUCAGGUGGUGACAAGCAUGUGAAGGUUUGAUGGAGGGCUAAGACGUAGAUUAAGUGUUUUGAUUUCAUCGGUUGAGAUGGAAGGCUCAAAGGAAGUCCUUAAAAUGUCCUGAUGAGAAGCAAGUUGAUAGCUAUGCCAGUAGAGACUUCAGGAAGGAGAUGUAGGGAUGCUAUUGGAUCCAGCUAACUUACACUUGAUUCUGACGUAACUCCCUCUCCCUCAUGACUCAUGUCUCUCUCACUCUUUAAAUCUCCCUCUCUCUGUCUCUGCCCUCUCCACUCCUCUACCUUUCAACGACACACUCUCCCUAAUCACCUCCCCACAGAUACACCACGCGUUGCCAAGACAAUCGCUGUCGACACCACCGCCCCAUGAUCAACAUUACCACCAUCAUCAUCACUAAUACCAUUGUGACGGCUUGGUCGCAAUACAGCAUGCAUAGCUGCCUGACUGGUGCAGCUAGGAAAGAGAAGGGUCCCAUAGGCAGUUGAGACAGUUAGAAUUUACUCAGAGCAAAGCUCCUAACAACCAAUCAAAAACGUGCAUGAGUUGCCGUGCAACGUUUCCCGCCUCUUCUCGCCAUAUGAAAAGAAAAAAAAAAUGUAUGUGUUUUAAUUUUGUUUGUUUUUUUACAGUUCUGUCGAUAUUCAAAAUGAAUCCAGAGAAUAAUUGUGGUAUUUAAAUGAUUAUUAUAAAGAGAUUAUAUAUAUAAAUGGAUAUUUACGACGACAAAAAGAAGUGAAGUAUUUAAUGAUGUAUGUGUUAAACCUGAAGGCGUCUUUUCUUUUGUGUAGAAGCAGUCUGGCUUCUUUAUGCUUUGAUAGUGGUGUGAGGUGAUGACGUUAUUGUGAGACGCCAUUUUGGAAUAAAUGUCCAUUUCCAGGGAAAGCUUCUUUUUUUAACCCUUUCUUUUUUUAUUUUACAUGUGUCUAGGUGUGGCACUGGUAUAAAAUACAAUUAUAUCUUUAUCUUUGAUCGUUAUAAAUUUGUUUGUGCAAUAUUAUUUUUCUUUCAAACAUGUGCCUUGCCUUGUUGUCUUUUUUGUGUUAUGACCACAGAGGGGUACGUCUGCUGAUGGGGUUUGCAAAAAUGUAUUUAGGUUGUCAAUCUUAUGUUGAGGUUUUGUUUCCGUCAAGCUGGUCUGUUGCGUUCAGUGUUCAGCUAUGCUAGUGAACGUCCCCGAAUAAACGUGGAUUUCAAAAUCAUCCAAUAUCAAUUGAUCUAAUCCAACACAACUCCACCUCACCUCACCCACACACACACACACACACACACACACACACACACACACACACACACACACACACACACACACACACACACACACACACACACACACACACACACACAAGGUCCUAUAACAACUCUGAAAGUUACUAAUUCUCUUUCUGGUUUAUAUCAUCUUGUGGGUCAUAAAUUGGAAACAAUCAGAAUUAAACAAUUUGUGUUUUGUGGCUUUUAACCAGGUCCUUGACACUAAAUAAUCGAAAAAUCUCAAUCACCACCGCCAAUCAUCCAUGUGGUGAAAAUGGAGACUGUUCCUUACAUAACUCCCCGUUCUAUGAAAGUUGCUGUUCACUCCGAUAUGGGAAUUGUAGUUCAGCCAGGUUAAAGGUCAGGCUAUCUCUCUCACAUAUCCUACACAAAAUGUAUCAUCUCUCAUCAUUGUGUGUGUGUGAAUGUGCUCUUUAUAUAUGGUAAAAAAAAUAUCUAUAAUUUUCUUUUGUUUAAAUAUCUCUUCACACACCAUGUGGCUCUUCUAAUAAUUUUUUCAAAGUAUGUUUAUGGAAAUGGGUUAGAGUCCAAGCAGGAAAAAAAAGGGAUUAUAGAUUUUAAAAAAAACGUACCCAAUACAAAUGGUCAAUGCGUUGUCGAACAAAGCUCAGUCUUUAUUUCCACCCCCAGCGGUUUAUAGUUUGCUUGUCCGCAUUCCAAACUGAUACCCGAUUGGUAUCUUCUAUGCUCUGCAGUGACAGUGUGAGAAAGUGUUUGCAUGUGUGUGGGUCUGUAUGUGUGUAUAAGAGAAUGAGAUGCUACUUUGUAUGAUGUCUGAAUGUGUGUCUGUGAGUGAGUGUGUGUAUAAUCUAUUAUGGACAGUCGUGUGCUUGCAGUGACUGCAUUUCAUGGACAUCUGCUCUGAAUAAAUAAAUGUUCUCUACAAAAACA